AAUGCCCUGACGCCUGGUGUGGAGAUUCAGACUAAUAGCCGAGUGUCACAGCUGCGUGAAUACAGAGAAAGAGACGGAGCAGUCGGAUUACUGCGUCUGUACGGAGACUUGUAAAAGACUUGCAAGCUUAACCUGAAAAACCCAGAUUUCAGUCAAAAUGAAAGCGAUUGUUCUGUCCUUCUACUUCUACUGCUGUCUGCUGCUGACUGUCACGCCCAGUGUGGACAGUGCAAAACUCGACCUCAGCCAAGUUUUAAAAAGAAGCAUUGGGCUCCAGAGGACAAAAAGGGAUCUGAGUAGUCUGUCUGCACUGAGAGAAGCACAGCCCGGGCAAUUUGUUCGCCCAGAUGAUGUCAAAGACACCCUGCUUCCACAUUCCAGCACUGGUUUCGGUGUACGAACCAAGCGCUCCAAAAACUCUGUCAACCAGUCACGGAGGUCAGGCUGCUCACUGGGCACGUGCACGGUACACGACUUGGCACACCGCCUACACCAGAUCAACAACAAGUUGAAAGUCAGUACCGCCCCCAUCGAUAAGAUAAGCCCGCUGGGCUACGGGCGCAGGCGUAGAUCCGUCCCCGAGAGGCAGAUGAAGUUAGAGAUCCAGGGUGGCCACGUGCAGCCAGUAUGGAGGCUGCAAAAGCUGGAAGCGCUGCUCAGACGGACAUGAGCAGGACCGGACGCCAGCUGAGGGACUGGAACGCUGAGAUUUCUCCUGCCAAGAGUUCUCCGGCACAUUCUUUCGCAAGGCGAGCGGCUGGGACAGCAGCCGUGGAUCGACCGAAGCGCAAAAAAACCAACAGCUGUUCUGUAAGCACUGUGAAUGAGAGACAGAAUCAGAGUUCUGUGGUGGAGCACUGCAACUUUCUGGGGUGGUGGGGAAGUGUAGGAUCGGUGCACUGAUCCCUCCAGAAGGAGUGGAGUGGAGUGGAAAGGCCAAAGGAAGUGAGGAUGAACAUCGAAACUCCUCUAAAGGGACAGAAUUUUCCUGCUCCUCAGGUGAACUAUUCAGUAGGAUUAUGGGAACCGAACGCAUCGCGAGUGCACAGCAAUUUAUUUUCUGUCUCGGAGAAACAAAACAAAACAAACUCUGGACUUUAAUCCGUCGUAUCGGACAGGGAAAGACGUGAAUUGUUCGUUUUGAGGAGAUUCAAAGGAUUUUUAAGAACAACACCAUGGCCGUGAACCUUUUCCAUCAUAAACUCUACACCUUUCUGGACACUGUAUAAGGGAUGAAUGCUUUAGAUUUAGAUUUAUAAAAUGCCUUUCUCGGUCCGUUAAGGAUCGUCACGCUACUUGAACAUUAUUAUUAUUAUUGUUUUGUAUAGAGAUACGUGCAAUCUAUAUGUAUUUUUUUACUCCCAGUAUAUGUAUAUAUAUGCCAAAAAAUAUAUAUUGUCAAGAUAUUGUUAUUUAAUUGUUUUAUACUUUGUACUACUUUAUAGAGAGAUAUUUUUGUACAGGAUUCAAAGGAAAAUGGGCAUUGUUGUAUAUCGUUGUUGUCUGUCGUUUGUUUGCGUGGUGCGGUGAUAGAAUACGUUUUAUGUCUGUAAUAAUAUAUUUGUAAAUGUGGUCGAUUUCUGUAUGUCGAAGUAACGUACAUUGUCAUCUAAUAAACUUCAAAUAAAACAAAGAAA